GAGAGGUUGAACGGUGAUGAAUCAUGUUUGAUAAUUCCAUCCCAUCCCACUUUCUCUGCCCUCCAUCUCACCUCUAUUAGUCACCACAUGGAUGUGUCAUUGUUUCUAUCUGUUCAGAGGCUCAUGCCCACUGAAGCGCAGCGAGGUGAUCUCCAGAGUGCCAAAACUCUGCCAAGACCCCCUUCUUUUGAUACCCCCCCCUACACAGAAACCACCACCUCCUCGUUCCCCAGUGGAUGGCACCUUCUUCGGCCACAUGACGCCGCUUUAACCCCACCUCCACGCCGCGGCCGUAAAACCUCAGGAUGUAUAAAUAAAGGAGCAAAAGAAAGAAGAGGAAGCAGAGGCUGACCAAACCAGAAUGAAGAUGAAGAUGAAGAUGGAGCUCUUCAGGGUGAACUGGGUGCUUGCAGCUGCAGGGUUUCUUCUGUGGAGCAGUGUGGGGUUUGCAGCUCCCAUGGAGUGCCACUUCAACUCCAAAGCUCAGUGUGAGUUCGAGGGGAGGCAGUACGCUCUUGGGGAAUCCUGGAUGGACAAUGCAUGUAUGCAGUGCACCUGUCUGCACCCUGUUGGAGUGGGUUGCUGUGAGACGCUGCAUCGGCCGGUAGAUUUCCCUGCGUGGUGUCAGGUGCGGGUGGAGCCUGUGACCUGCAAAGUGACCCUGGUCCAGACCGCAGACCCCCGCCUGCCCUGCACUCCCGGUGUGGACAUGCUGGACCCGAGCCAUGGGUCUCUGCAUCUGCAGCAAAAUCUGGAGGGUUAGGAAACAGACGACGGCAACUUUCAGUUUUAUUUCAUCACCUGUAAGACCAAAACUCAGAACAGUUAAACAUCAGUAACCACUUUUAUAAACAUACAUACUCCUUAUA